UCUCCUCCGCGGAGCAUGCCGGGAGUGGUAGUCCCUUUCCCCUGAGGGGCGCAUGGCUGAUGAUAGGGAACGAUGAGCGAGAAGCGACGACUGAGGCUUCCUGACGCCGGAGAAGGCGCCCAGAAGCGGCUCAAGAAGCGGGAGCCUCGGGCGGAGUUCUCUGCAGCGCUGAGGGAGCCUCGGCUGAAGGAGGAGGUGGCCGGGGCCUGGGCCCGAAAGGAGCCGCUCCGAAAGGAGUCCGUUUCGUUGGAUCCGGUCCCUUUCCAGCAUUGCCUCCUCCCAAAUUUCAUCCCGAAGGAGAGCUUCCUAGAAGAGCUGCGGAAGGAACUCUUGAGCCUGGAUUUCCACAAAAAGAGCAACGACUUGUACAAGUUCAAACAGUCAGAUGACCUGAAGAAGAGAAGAGAGCCUCACAUUGCUGCUUUAAGAAAAGUCCUCUUCGAAGAGUUCCGGGCUUGGCUUUCUGACGUGACCCAAGUGGAGCUGGAACCGACAGUCGAUCUCUCCUGUGCGAAAUACGAAUAUACAGAUACCCUUCUCUGCCAUGAUGACGAAUUGGAGGGCCGACGAAUUGCCUUCAUCCUUUAUCUUGUGCCUCCAUGGGAUGAAAGUGACGGAGGCACCCUGGAUCUCUUCAGCACAGAUGAACACUUCCAGCCUUUGCGGAUUGUCAAGUCCUUGGUCCCUUCAUGGAAUUCACUCGCAUUCUUCGAAGUCUCACCCAUCUCUUUCCAUCAGGUAUCUGAAGUUCUUUCCAAACACAAGUGCCGUUUGUCCGUGAGCGGCUGGUUUCACGGUUCCUCGGUCGCAAGGCCGCCUCGGCAUGCGGAGCCCCCUCUCCUCCGGACCCCCCACAUCCCUCACGAUCAUGAAAUCUUGUACAACUGGAUCAAUCCCAUUUACCUGGAGAUAGAUGCGCAGGCCCGGAUCCAGGAAGAAUUUGAGGAUCGGUCAGAGAUCUUACUGAAGGAUUUUCUCCAGAAAGACAAAUUUCAAUUGCUCUGCAAAGCUCUGAAGACGGAAGAAGUCAGAUGGAGUAUCCGAGGGCCUCCUAACAAAAGGCAUUAUGAAAAAGCAGAAGAGGAGAACUUGCCAGCCAUCUUGAAAGAUGGCAUGGAACUGUUCCGCUCAGAGGCCUUGUUCCUGCUCCUCUCCAACUUCACAGGAUUGAAACUGCAUUUCUUGGCUCCUGGGGAGGAAGAGGAAGGAGAAGAAGGAAGAGCGGCAGGAGGGAGUUCCUCCAAAGGCACACAAGGACAGAUCAGUCAGGAAGGAAAUGAUAGUAGAGAUGGCACAGAAGACCCUGGACAGAUCCUUGAAAAUCAGAAUCACAGGCAAGAGACUGGCUCAAGUGUCCCUCUGUGUGCUGGAGAGCUGAGACAUUGGACGAAGGGUUGCUAUAGCCUAGUCCAUGAUGCUGAAGGGACAGAAUUCGCCCUGGACCUACUGUUCUUCUGUGGAUGUCAAGACUGGGACGUGGAAUCCGGUGGUUUUACUUCAUACAUUGCAAAAGGUGAAGAUGAAGAACUGCUGACGGUGAAUCCAGAGGGCAACUGCUUAGCCUUGAUUUAUAGAGAUCGAGAAACGUUGAAAUUUGUGAAGUACGUAAACCACCGUAGUUUGAAGCCGAUGGCAACGCAGCCUGAACACGCUGGAUUCUGGGACUUCAGCUUUGUUUACUAUGAAUGAUACGUGGCAUGGUAAUGUGGCAGAAGAUCCUAUUACCUAUGAUAAAGCUCAAUGGGGACAGUUUUUGUUUUAGGCUAAGACCAUGUUGUGCGAUUUCUUCAUCCCUGCUGUCCUAAUGGAAAUUAAUUCUGUGCCUCUACCAUUGUUGCCUUUAGGGAACAUGGGUUUCAGUCCUGGUCUUGAAGUCUGAAGACAUUACUAGCUACUCAAGACAGCUUCAGUAUAAUAUCUAUAAAUGGUUUGAAUAUUGUUAGUGUGAGAACUGGGGCAUAUUAUUACUUGUGUACAAGAAUGUUCCAUGCCUCCAUCUAGAAAAUAUUGGAAGGUGCUUUGAGAUAACAGGUACCGGGUAUAAAAUUCAUACUGUUUUGCUUCCAACAGAAAUUGGGGAAGCGCUCUUAAAAGAAGCAGCUGGCAUUCUAUGCGAUGCCCAGGAUCUGUUCAACAUCAAAAAUACAUGGGGCUUGGCAGCACAAUCCCAACACAUGCAUUGCUAACAACACUUUAGGCAUUCCUGAUUCUGAUUCAGACACAACCCUACAUCUAAAGCUAAUAUAUGCCUCCGAGUUGUUUCCAACUUUCAGCACUAUCAUGGGGUUUUCUUGGGUUGAGAGGAUGUGAUUCCCCCAAAGAAAUCCAUUAGGUUUCCAUGGCCAAGUGGGGGAACUGAAGCCUGAUCUCCAGUCAAAGUUCAAGGCUUAAACCACUACACCACACUGCCUUUUUUCUUUUAAGCAAUCCCUCAAAGGUCACUUGGAAAUGGAAAAUUAAACUCACAUCUCUUGA